UAAUAGUGCAAUGCAAGAAACUUUCUACUCAAUCACACAUUCCAAAAUUAAGGGAGUCAUUUUGGACAGACUUGGCAAGAGCACGCCCAUAGUCAUCAAGACCCUUGCUUCAGGAUACCAAAGAUGGAUGAUGCAGGAGAUGUGGUGUUUCAACAAAAUGAAAUCAAUGGCAACUAUGCCAUUCCUCACCACCCUUGCCAAUCCUACGGUGAAGAUGAAGUAGAUUCCUCCAGGGUGCUGCUACCUAGAUGUGAGGAUGAAGCCGAUGGCACUUCCUUGAAGACUUUAUCUUGCCCCAUUAUCUCCAACCAUGACAGGCAAGGGAAGACCAGAAAUGAUGAUGAUGAUGGCUACUGUUCUCAAGAUCAGAUGCAUGCUUUGAUAACUGACUCCGAGAAGCACAGGUUUGCCACUGUUCCUGAAGACGAAGAAUCUGCUUUGAACAACAAUAUCUUCUCCUCUUUGGACCCGAACUUCCCAGGAGAUGCCACUGGGAAAGUACUUGGUGUAACCAUGCCUCCAAAUUACAUUGUGAGAUCAAACGAAAGGAGGACUUCUUUUAGUCCAAAUAAAAAUGUAAAUUGCCAGCAGCGGCUUGACAAUGCAAGAAGUCAUGUUGGUGUUCAGGUUAGAGCGAUGGGAUCAAGACUUUCCUUGGAGGACAGCGAACCUAAAAACACAAAUACUUCAUACUUGCCUUAUUCAGAGUCAGUAGUAAAUGAUAGCUUGGUCGAACGUUGUAGGAAGGUUACCUCUCCAGGAAGUGGGUAUGAUCAGAAGACAUCAAGAGGCUUGAAAAGGAAGUGCGAUGAUGAAGCCGUGGAACCUUCAGAUGAGGCAGGUGUUUCCUUAUCUCCUCGAAAACGUAAAGAAAGAGAUGAAGACGAUGGUGGUGGGGAUAUGACAUCUACUUCGUCGGCUGAACCAGAUACCAAGAAGUUGAGAACAGCAUCAGUUGUGCCAAGACAAUAUCCACAAGCUCCUCAGAUGAGGCAGGAGCCCAGAUUGAAGAACUCCUACGACAUCCAAGGCCAGGCCAACUGGGUGGUGGAGCAACCGCAACACUGCACCUUUCAUAUAUACCAACAUCAAGGCUCAUCAUCAGGGGGCCCUCCUCAACAGCAUCCAGUGGAGUGGGCAGGAAUGAACAUUCGUCAAGUGCAAGAUGAGGAUCUCAAAGCAGCAUUUGAGGCAUCGUCGAAGGCUAUCUCGGUGGCUUUCACCUGGAAGAGAUUCGCCCGGAAACUCCCCGUCUCCCGGAGCCCCUCCCUGGAGAAGGAGCUGAGCUCCCUUGAAUCGUGUGCUGGAUCCAAUCAGGACAAGGCCAUGGCUGUGCUACUUCGAUGGUGGAGGGAAGAGAACGGAUGCCGGUGCGAUGACGAGGUGAAGGCCAGGCUGAGGGAAGGACUGGAGGAUUGCGGAUUGAAACGAGUGGUCAAGGAUCUAGAUCGCAUCUUCAAGAAAGGUGGACAGUAACGUGCGGUAGGGUCACUGGUCACUGAACUUCAAUCCUUCCAUGGUCUCAUCUUAUAAGCUAUAGAUUGAAGGUGCAAUUUAGUUCCGAUCAUGUGAUCUUCAUGUUGAAAAUGUUUCGAAGCAUUGGAAAAGUUAGAUUAUUUAAACAUAAAUUCAGGUGUCUUGUAUGAGAAUUUGAGGCUUAUUUAGAAGGUCAGUACUUAUGCAGUCUCCUGAAAAGGGUAAUGGCAUUUAGUUUACGGAAAUCGGUGUGCAGGGCCACACAUGAAGCUGGUAGAAACGUGCAACCCAAAUUUCAAGUCAUCAUUCUAAAUGUGUGGGCAUUCGAGGAUGUCCUCUUCUACUAUGCAGAAUAUCCUUUUAUUCUUUUGAAAUGAUGUGAAAAGAAUGAAAAACUCGGAUCACAUUUCUCAGAAAUGAACUUCAUUUGAAAUGAUUUGUGAUUUGGUUCAUCAGUCUUUCAUGACCUACAUGCACCUAUUCAAAGAAUGAGCUUAUUUUGAAAUAUUCAAAUUCAAAUUUAAUUAUUUCACUUCCAUCAAACAAAAACAAAUUGUAUACCAUAUAUAAACAUAAAUAUUUAAUGUCUUCCAAAUAGCAAUUGAUUUACCAGGAUGAUUGACUAAAAAAAUUUGAAAUACAAAAAAGGCUAAUAAAUCCAUGUCAAAGUGUUACGAAUUUGUAAUAUUGUGCCAUAAAUGGUUUUUAUCAACGGCUAAUUUGCUAGAGUGUUUUAUUAUUCUUGCAUAAAAUCAUAAGAAUUUUUGAGAAUUCAUACUGCAAAGGCAAGCAAAUUUUUCUUUUUAUGUAAAUUCAAAUUCUCCGGUAAAGGUUUAAUAGCUCUUUCUAGUUAGUGCAAAUUGAAACAACAAUCUGCCCAAAGUUUGAUGACAUCACGCAUUUUAACUCAUGAUGCACUGGCGGAUCGGGGGGGGGGGGGGGGGGGGGGGGAGGGGCAAAGCCGGCCCGUGCCCCCCUUUUGAGAGGCACAAUUAAAAUUUGAAAUGUGAAAAUGCUGUUAAAACAGAAGUGUGCCCCCCCCCUUUGAAAGUGAACGAAAUGCCCUUAAUUUCUUGUUAAAAACUUUUUUUUUUGCUUGUCAAAUUUUUUCUCGUGAAAAUGUGCCCCCCCCCCCCCCCCUUUUGGAAAAUCCUGGAUCCACCCCUGUCAUGAUUUAAUAAUAAAAUUACAUUAUCGAUCAUAUGACAGGAGGCAUGAUAUAAUAAAAUCAUUAUGAUGUCAUUAAUUGGUCUGCACAACGUUGUACUCUAUUUUAGACUCGAAAGCAUAUUAUGCACAUCUAGUAGCAUAAAUGGUAAGAUUUGACCAAUCAUAACUAAACACUAAAGAAUGUUGCUGGGUUUUUGUAUCUGU